UGAUAAACCACACACAUAACGUAUCACAACAUGUUAACAUGACUCACACCCUAGCGAAAAACAUUACCCUUGCCCACCACAACCACACUCUCAACAUAACCACAACACCAAAACCACCAGUAAUACCAACAAACCCACCGACAAACCCACAGCCUAGAGAAGUGCCUGGUUACGUGCCUCCACCUGGCUGCCAACCAAACUGUGGUCUACCAGCACCUCAACCCGUGCCAGCACCGUGCCCAGUCCUUCCCUGUCAGCAAUGGUUUAUUUACAAAGAUGAACUUAAAAACUCAAAGACUAAAGGAUUGUGGAGUCGACUGUUCGGUUCUCCUAAGCAGCCAAAUCGUACCGGCAGACUUGUCAGUUAUCUCAUGAAUGUUUUUAAAACAAAGAAAUAAACUAAGAAUCAGCAGACGUUGUGCUUAUACGAUGAAUUGACUACUUCAAUAAAAUACC